AUGUCCCGGUAUCACCCAAAUCAUCUCACAGCAGAAUCGCUGCAGGAUAAAGUGAUUCUCAUCACUGGCGAGCACACACUAACCCAAUCCAAACCAGGAGGAGCGAAUGGUAUCGGCGCAAGUCUCGUCGAACUGAUCUGUCAACACGGUGCCUAUGCCUGCAUCGGCGACGUCGCAGUUGCAGCCGGCGAGAAGCUCGUCCAGGACGUAUGCGCCACGUCGUCGCCAUCCCCUCCUUCCACACACCCCCGAGCGAUAUUCCAGAAGACCGACGUGACCAACUACCAGUCCAUUCUUGAUCUCUUCGACAUCGCAUACAAGACAUACGGCCAUAUCGACCACGUGGUCGCUGCGGCCGGAAUUUUGGAAGUUGGGAACUGGUUCGACCCCGCCCUAACAUUGGAGACUGUACGAGAGUCCCCUCCAACCGCCGUCCUCGAGGUCAACCUCCUGGGUAAUCUCUACGUGGCUCGGAUCGCCGCCGUGUAUCUGCGCCAGAACCGAGCCCCGCACGCCGACCGCUCGCUCACGCUCAUUUCCUCAGUCGCAGGCUUCAAGGAGACGCCCGGUGUACCCGUCUACCAGGCGACCAAGCAUGGGAUCCUGGGUCUGAUGCGCUCCCUGCGGAUGGAUCUCCCCGCGCCGGCGCAUCAGCUGCGCGUCAAUGCGGUCUGUCCGUGGAUGACGGAGACGAGGAUGGUGGAGAAGCUGCGGGAGGGCUGGAAGCAGGCCCGGCUGCCCAUAAACUCGCCGCUGGACGUGGCGGUCAUCGUCGCUGGGUUAGUGGUCGAUGCGACACUAAGUGGAAAGUCCAUGUACGUCGAAGGUGGACGCGCGUGGGAAAUUGAAGACAACCUCGAUCGCCUGGAGCCGGAGUGGCUGGGCGAGGAGCCAUCGCGAUCGCUGGCGAAGGGACAGGAGUUCCUGGCGGAGGGC